AUGAGCAUUAAAGAUACAGGGUCUGAUCAUUUCAAGCAUAUGCAAGAGGCUCUGGAGAUGGCAACCAGACAUGCAGAAUUCUUAGCUAUCGAUGAAGCAUUGAAGGACCAAGACAGUAAUAACGAUGUAAUUUCUGAAUGUGAUCUUUAUGUGACAGUAGAGCCAUGUGUUAUGUGUGCAUCAGCGCUACGGCAGCUUCGAAUCCGACGUGUAUUUUUUGGAUGUGCUAACGAUCGAUUCGGUGGAUGUGGUAGUGUGCUAUGGAUCAACCAAGGUCCUGGUCCUGAUCCCGAGUACAAAUGUUAUCCUGGGUUUUACCGUGAAGAAGCCAUCAUGCUGCUGCGCAAGUUUUAUGUUCAAGAGAAUGAAAAGGCGCCGGUACCACAUACUAAGAAAGUGCGUGAACUCAAGUACAAUAUUGAAACCAUGAGUUAUAAACAUUACGUACAAAGCUUGGAGGAGUUUAUACAAGUAUAUGGAAAAGAAAAUAAAGAGAUUUAUAUUAAUUCUUAA